ACUGAAGUUAUUUUUCAAGAGGUGCCGGUUUGUCUCAGAAUUUUUGUUUGAUUUUACUGUAAAUAAAAAUUUCUGUGUUUUAGACUGUUGGUGGAAAUAUUUAAAGACGUCACCUUAAAUUCUGGUGAAAUACAAAGAAUAUUUUGCACUGUUUUUUUAUGUUUUAUAGACAAAAACAUAAAAUAAUCUGCAGAUAAGAGUCAGUUGCAGGUCAAAACUGUUUUCAUUUUUAUUUAGAACUAAGUGAAAAUUUAAAGCGUCAGCUGAUUCAUAAAGAAUAAAAACGUAAUCAUAUGAGCAAGUUUUUUUUUUAAAGUAAGUAGAAACAAUUAGUCAAUUAAAGGAGCCGUUUGACAGACAAUUAAUCUGCAACUGUUUUAAUCAUAAAUUAAUGGUUUCAGUCAUUUUUCAGGAGGAAACAUUUGUUUUCCAGCUUCUUAAUUUCUGCUUUAUCUUUAAAUCUAAUAUUUCUAUCUGAAGGAGUCGCACUGAAAGUGAAGAAAGGAAAAAAAUGUGACAUUUUCUGAUGACUGAAGACCACGUGAUUAUUUAUUAAGAAAAUAAUCUUCAGAUUAAAUAAAUAAUAAAGUCGUCGCUUGUCAAAGAGGUUUGAGUGAAUGAAUUAACGAAUUAAACUUUGAUUUCAGAUAGAAACGAAUGUUUCAGAUGAUCACAGAGAGAUAUGUUACUUCACUACUUUUAGGUCAAACUUUUACGUCUAGCUACUGAAUCUUCAAAAUAUUGUAAUUUUUACUACAUUAUUUACGAGUUGUAUUUAUCCCACUCUGCAGAUAAAAUAUAAUUCACUCUAGAUUUAUAGGUUUCGGAUGAGAAUGUAAUUUCAGUUCAGUGAAAGCCAUGAACCGCCUCAAGCACAGACCGCUGAAGGUUGUUUGAAAUCAGUGGAUGAAUGUAUUUAUCUGAGGCUACAAAACUCCUUAAUUAAAAUAAAGAUGUUUGUUGUUUUUAAGGUUAAACAAUUUUUUUGUUUUUUAAGUGUGUUUUUGACAUUUAUUUUGAAAGACACCACCGGAAGUCACGUGUCUUCCUCUUCAAAUACACUAACUGUAUGUGAUUGUUGAGGUGCGUGGUGACGUCACCAUGGUGCUCAGGUAUCUGCUGUCCGCGCUGGUGAGGAAAGCUCAGGUGGUGGAGAAACUGUCGGAGUCUCUUCCGGUCCGCAGCGCGGCGCGGCUCACCGCCCGGGCCGCUCUGAGAGCGCAGCAGGUCGGUAAGGACGCGGCGGGCCGGGCGCUCCGGUCCCGAACGGUCCAGCAGAUCCGGCAGGAGGCCUCCAGGGCCCCGGGAGGACUGGGAGACCUGAGCGGGAAGGCCCGGAGGAUCCGAGACUCGCUGCUGGAGGACGUUAAAGACGGUGUUAGCGACGCGUCCCGACAGAUCAAACACAGGAAAAGAUGAUGUCGUUUGUUCCAUGAAGCUUCAAAAUAAAAGUCUCUGAUGGACAAAGUGAACUCUUUUCUAAUGAAAAUAUUCUCCACUAACAUGUCGUCUGUUUCACCACAGUUACAACUGUUGUGAUUAUAUGCAGGAGGCCAAAUCAGACUACAGUGUAUGAUGAAAAAAAUAUUUAAAGUGUCACGAUGAAUUGUUCAUUUUUGAGUCAAUACAACAUGUAAUAAAACGGUCAUUAAA